GCAGUUGGGGUUUUUGGGGGAAAAUGCAAAAAAAAAAAAACCAAACCCACAGGUUGUUUGGUUUUUUGUUUUUUUUUUUUCCUCUCCUGUGAGGAGCCCAAAGUGAGUUGUGGGCAAAGGAGGGGUAAGCUAAAAAAUCACUUUCUCAACACAAGGUGAGUUAAUGGUUUCAGCGUGGCUGAGGGGUUUGUUUGCUGCAGAUGUUGGUGAUACAGUCUCCUCGAAUCCUUCCUGAAGGGCUGGAGAGCUGCAUCUCCUUGGCAUUGUUAUCAGGGUUGUGUUUCUGCCUGUCCUGGUAGACAUGGAAAAGGUUUUCCAUGUCGCCUUCAGGUGCUGUUUGCACCACGUUUUUUGGAGGUCUCUGAUUUAGGUAUGGGAAGGAUAAAAAUUGACUAAAAUCUAAGUCUUGCCUGCACAGGGGCAGCUGCUUCAGGGAAAAGAAGGUGUGAGGGUGCUUUGUAUGUGUUUCAGCUGAUCCUGGCCUGGAUGAGGCCACACAUCCCUGUGUGAGGGCCACUCUUCUGAAUUCCUGACACCCAGGAAGCAGUCAGCUUAAAUCCAGCCACAGGUCACAUCCUCACCCUGCUUCUCCCUUUGCAGAAUUACCACUCGUUGUGCAGAAAUAUUGGCCACCACCACAGCUGCAGCUUUUCCUUCUGAGAAACUGCCUCAGUGUUCCUGAGUUACACAUCACUCAUCCAUCACAGCACUGUGGCAUUCACAGACCCUCUCCAAAUCCAUCCAGCUGAUGCUUCUUCCAGGGCAGGCAGGAGGUGGACACCUGGACAAAUCAGGAGCGUGAUCUGGCUCAUCUUGGUCUGUCCAUUGCAUGUGUCCUGGGAUGGUUUUCUUCUUGUACCAAUUUCAUUAAGCACUACCAGGAAUGCUUUUGGAUUCCUCCAGUCCUGGAGGAGCAGCAGCUGAAUGCUCCAGCUCCAUCUUUUCUAUUGUGCAGCUCUGGGGAAAGUUGCUUUCACUUCUCUUGUUUUUUCCCAGCUGUAAAAAGCAGGAUCAUUUUGUAGUCAGGAAUUUCAGAAAGAUUUUCAGAUGUCUUUUAUGCUACUCAGCAGUUUGCAUAGGUGACCAGUCAUCUCUCUGAUAAAUUGCUGCCUUUCCCACCAUUUUUUCCAAAAGACUUCUGCCACAACCCAGCAAAACCAGUCCUUAGCUGUGUUUUUUCUAGUAAGUCUCUGCAAGGAAAUUGAAAACUCUGAAAGGAGUGAACAAAAUGCAAUUUUAAGGCCGUCUCCUCUUCUCCUCUUCCACUGCUGUGACAUUCUUUCUGUAGGACUUUGGGAAUAGCUCAUGGAAAUUCCUGGCCUCUCUGUGACCCUGGUGUACAGGGAGUUAAACUCCCCAGUCACCUCUUGGACGAGCACUUCACAAGACUUUUGGACCUAUCUCAGGGGAAAAGACAAGAUUUUCAAAGAGAGAUACAUCGCUUGAGUUUGAGUGGAUGACUUUUUUUUUUAAACUUACCGUUUUGUUGCUAUAUAAAAUGCUGAUGUGAUUUGAAAGCUCCAAAUUACAACAUUAUCACACAACCACAUCUCUUUUCUUCUGCCCUCUUCCUUCCUCCUUGCCUCGCCACAUAUCUCCUUCCCCUUUUGCUUCCCGACUGGUGACUUUGCCAAAUUUAUUCAGGGCAAAGCCCCCAUCCCACCAAGGGCACAGGGUGCUCCUGUGGCCAUCCUGGUGAGUUACUUGUCCAGCCAAGUGUGAAAUUUGAAAGAUUUGAGUGGAAAUAUAGAGCAUGAUUGUUUUUUCACAGCACGGUGUGAGGCGUUUUUGCUGAUCAGAGAGGCAGCAAAAAUAGCGGUGGGCAAAAUAUAGCCCCAAGAAAUGAAUAUGUAAAUGUCUGAGUACACUAAAAACCCCCCUGCUUAGUCAGGGGCUUGGACUCUGCUUUCAGUCUGGGCUUUUUUUGUGGCUGAGGGGUAAAUGCUCAAGGCAAUGAAGGGUGAUGUGGGUACAAACCCAACAGAAACAAGGCGUGGGGGAGAUGUGUGGGGAAUCCAAACCUUGCACUAUGUCCCAAUGGCUGGUUUUAAUUAAUAAUAUUGACCAUUCUGGGCUGGCUCUGGGGAGUAUCUGAGGAAUGACAUCACCUCUCUGGCUGCUCUGCUGGCCAGCUGUGACUGCUGAGGUGUGAAUGCUGUGCCUGUGUCAGGGUGUGACCCUCCCUGAUAAAUAGGGCUGUUUGUGGCCCCACAGAGCAUCUGUGGGGCUGAGGUUCCCCAAGGAUGGGAGCGCUGGCUGGGGUGGGGACAGGAGCCCCCCUGCUCCCAUGGCUGCUGCUGCUGCUGGUGAUGUCCCACUCCGCCCACACAGCCAUCCUGGAGGUGAAUGGGAACCUGAGCUGUAGGUGUGCCAAGACAACCUCGGAAUACAUCAGUCCCAAGAAAUAUGAGAGCAUUGAGAUCAGGCCUGUGGGCAGCAGCUGCAGGCGCACGGAGAUCAUAAUUAAAUUGAGACCCUCAGGGAAGGUGUGUGUGAAUCCUGAAGCCCCCUGGGUAAAGAAGCUGCUGAAGCGCAUUGCCAGCACGAAGAAAAAAUAAGUUUCCUGCUAAGGAAGUUGGUGCCCAGAGCCCCAGGCAGGCUGGUGGACAAUGCCAGGUGUGCAGACCUGGCUGCUCCUCACUUUGCCCUCCCUCUCUUCCUCCCCUUCCUGAAAGCCCCACGGCUGGCUGUGCUGGCAGUGGCUGUGGGGAGGGUGGCUCACUGCUGGCCCCAGCCCCAUGGCAGGUUUGUGGGGGUUCUACCCUGCUCUUGGUCCCUGGAUCAGCGUGAAUAUGAAUCCUUUGUUUAUUUAGUUGCCUGUGGACUGUGAAGCUGUUCCCUGGCAGGGAUGGUUCUUGCUUCUUUAGGAAUGACUUUGUGACUUCUUCCAUGUGAAGUGCUCAGCGACAGUGUGUGUGUCUGAGGGUUGUGUGGCACAGCGUGGCAUGUCCUGUUCUGGAAGCUCAAGUCCAAUAAAAUUCAGGAUUUUUCUUUCUGUUG